UUUUUUUUUUUUUUUUUUGUUUGUUUUCCGUGUUCACAGAAGUUGAAGACCCGUUCCCUCCCAAGACAGGUGUCCCUCCACCAGUCCACUCCCACGGUGACUGCAGCCAGUUUUACACCAGGCAGUAGAAAUUACUCAGUCCUUCCAAGCCCUCGUCACUUUAGAGUCCCGCGGGUGAGAGGCUACAAAACUGAGGGGCGACAAUUGAACCCGGAGCCUCGCGGAGGGUCGGAGCGGGUGGGUUCGGUUCGGUUCGCCGCAGCAGCAGCAGCAGCAGCCAUGGGGGACCAAAACGCCGGUUCGGAUGAAGGACUUGUCCUGAGAAGACAGUUGGCCAAACAUCUGCCUCCUCAAAAGCCUCCUGUGUUUCUCUCCUGUUUUCAGGGACUGCUCAUGCUGUCUCUGCUCGUGUUCGUCGCGUUCUUGGCCUUCUCGGACACCACCCUGUCGUGGCCCGAAACGUUCUCUCUUCAGAAACAGUACCAGCGUUUUUUCAACCAGAGCAGGCCACUGCACCCGUCUGCUUAUCUGAUUCACCCAAAACACAAAGCUUUUCUAAAUAAAAUGAAGGAAAAGACGAUACCGAACCCUGAAGGCCUUCGGUACCACGAAGCUUAUCCGCACAACUACAGGUUUGUCAUGGAGAACGCCGAGGUUUGCGAAGUCAACUCCCCUUUCCUGGUCCUGAUGGUGCCGGUGGCGCCGAAAGACGUUUUGGCUCGGGACGCCAUCCGGGCAACGUGGGGCAAAGACCGAGUGGUUCAGGGCGAGACGGUACUCACUCUGUUCGUGUUGGGUCUGGAUAAAAGUCACGACGUUGAGAAGCUCCAACAGGAGAACCAGGAGCACGACGACCUGAUCCAGAGUAACUUCCUGGACACGUAUCACAACCUGACCAUCAAAACCAUGGUGAUCAUGGACUGGCUGGCCACGCGCUGCCCUGGAGCAGCCUACGCCAUGAAGGUGGACUCCGACAUGUUCCUGAACGUUGAUAACCUGGUGAUUAUGUUGAAGAAGCCAGGGAUCCCCCACAACAACUACCUGACAGGAAUGCUCAUGUGGAACAGACCCGUUGUCCGGUCCAAGAACUCCAAGUGGUACGUUCCCGAGGAUUUGUACCCUGAGCCCAGGUAUCCCACAUACACCCUGGGCAUGGGGUACGUCUUUUCCAAUGACCUUCCCGCUAAAUUAGUGGAAGUCUCAAAAUUUAUCAAGCCUUUUAACAUAGAAGAUGCUUAUAUUGGGAUGUGCAUUAAAAUACUCGGACUUUCACCGACGUCUCCUCCGGACCCUUCGCAGUUUAAGGCGUAUAAUUCUAAGUAUGAUCGCUGUGAAUUCUCUAAGGUCAUUACGUACAUUCUUGGCUCUUCGGAACAACUGAUCCAUUAUUGGACAGACUAUAAGAAACCUGGACCUCACUGCUAAAGCCGUUCACGCUACGGAUGCAGCGUGAAAUCCCUCAUCAUGUAACUUAUUUCUAGAUAUUCUGCAGGUUGAAAAGGGGAACGGCAAUCAACUUUUAUAAAGAAAAGAGUGUUUAUGCUUCAAAUCUUUUGAAGGGAAGCUGUACUCCAUGUUACAUUUGAUCCUGCAGGAUGUGAAUCACCACUGGAAUGGUUGUGCAAUUCUUUGUAAAAUGGUUUCAUAAGCUUUUCUGCUGGUUUGUUAUAUUUUAAAAAAGGAAAUUGCAUAGAAUGCACUGACUGUUAUUUAAACAGAAAUGCUUGCCGGCACUUUAUCAAGUAAUGGAUGUUAAACUCCAUAACUAACAUGUUACACAUGAAAAAAGGGCAAAGACUUUUACUUGAAGUUAGCACAACAUAAACUAGUAAAUUCAACUAUGACUAUCAGAGAAAAGGUUGCAUUUUGUUGGCUAUGUCCAAUGAAUUAAAACAUAAAUCCAC